UACACAUACUGAAUUUACUGAAUUUGAUAUUAAUUUGCCUUUAAAAAUCAUUUUCCGUUUUUCUGAAUUCAGCAUUCUUAAUUUUUUCUAAAAUAACUAUAGAAGAUUAUGUUAAGAUGUUUAAGCUAUUUCUAAUCGGCUGGAGAAGAGAAGUCUAUGCGAUGUUUUCAAUAUAUCUAAUCUAUUUACUUGCUGGUGCUGCAUUAUUUGUGCUUCUUGAGAAGGGAAAUGAGAUUUUAGUCAGAAAACAUAUCAUAGAAGAUUUAGAGUCAGCUAAAAAUAUGAUUGAUGGUCUGCGUGAGAAGAAUAUCAGUGAUGCCGAAAUUUUCGAAUCGUUCCAUCAGGAACACGUGGUGAGAAAACGGGAAAACAUUGAACAGGAUAUCACUUGGAAACAAUUUUAUGGGGAGCAGGUUUUCUUCUCUUUGAUCCUCAUCACAACUGUAG